AGCCAGAGCAGGCAGCACAAGGGGUAUACAGCCAGAGCAGGCAGCACAAGGGGUAUACAGCCAGAGCAGGCAGCACAAGGGGUAUACAGCCAGAGCAGGCAGCACAAGGGGUAUACAGCCAGAGCAGGCAGCACAAGGGGUAUACAGCCAGAGCAGGCAGCACUGAGGGGGGUAUACAGGCAGAGCAGGCAGCACUGAGGGGGGUAUACAUGCAGAGCAGGCAGCACUGAGGGGGGUAUACAGGCAGAGCAGGCAGCACUGAGGGGGAUAUGAGCAGGUGUCAGGGCAGGCAGAGGUAUUAGGUCAGGGCAGGUGUAGGGUAAGCACAGGCAUCAGGCAUAACAAGAGGCAGUGAUUUGGGGAUCACUGGUUACUAUAUAGCAGGUGACUUUAGGCCUUCACAGUUGUCCUGAGGCUGAUCGGUGUCGUGAUUAUCUUGUAGGUUGGGCUCAGACGGGGCGGUCAGAGAUGUUGUAGAUAGAAUACAGCAUCGGAGGAAAAGUCACUUGGCUGAGACUGGUGCCGGGAUGUAGAAGGAGCCUGGUGCCGGCAGAAGGAGACGUCUGACUCUUUGGUUGGUGGAAUCUGCAGAGAGGGGACAGCACAAGGGGAAUGUUGCGGAGAGACUUGGGGGGCCGUGUGGUAUCGGAGACUUGGCUGUGUGUCAGUUCUGUGGAUACAUAGAAAGUGCUAGAAAGCAAAGUCUGAUUCACGGCUCACCAUGAGCGGCGCCGCUGAGCCCAAGAAGAUGGCAGCCCGAGAAGAGGUGGCAGCGUGGUCUUCGGGGGAUUUGUCCCAAGCCUCAGAGGAGGACAUGAGGUCCCUGGAGGCCAGUCUGCAGCAGCAGCUCAGUGAGUGGGGGCCACUGCUAAUGGCCGGACAGCGGCUUCUGGUGUGGGAGCGGCCAUUGCCUAGUCUGCUGACCGCCGCCGCUCUUCAUGGGACAUUUUGGUUGUUCUCCUACCUGUCCCUGAGACCUGUUUUCUUGCUGAGCUUCUUUCUGCUGUGUCUGCUGGGUGUGGAGCGCUGGAAGCCCUGGCUGCUCCGUCAUUGCAGAGUCCAGCCUCGGGGAGAUCCAUCCACUGAGAGUGAGGCUUCGGUCGGAGGGAGCGGUCAUCACCGCCUGCUGAGCCUCCCGGAGCUGUGUCACUGUCUGGCCGAGACCUGGUUCACCUCGCAGCAAUACGUCCAGGAGCUUCUGCUCUACAAGAAGCAAAACCCAGGAAAGUUCUGUGCGAUGGUUUGUUCAUGCUGCGCAGUGCUGGCUGUGGUUGGACAUUACGUUCCCGGCAUUAUGAUUUCCUACAUAAUACUACUCAGUGUUCUGCUGUGGCCGCUGGUCGUGUAUCGAGAACUCAUCCAGAAGAUGUACACCGCUCUAGAACCCGUCCUUAUGAAGCUAGACUACAGCAUGAAGGGAGAGGAUCUGCCACGUUCUCAUAAGAUAAGACAAACCAAGAAGGAGCCGGAAGAAGGCCAAGAAGUUACAGCAGAUACAGACAGCGAGAGCGAGAUUGAGCUGUCUGGCUUCUCUCCUGAGAUGGACGUGAGACUCACCGCCUUGGCCCUGUCUAUUACUGACUCUGAACUAUCGGAUGAAGAAGCUUCAAUCCUGGAGAGCGGAGGAUUCUCAGUAUCCAGGGCUACCACGCCGCAGCUGACCGAUGUGUCAGAGGAUUUGGACCAGCCAGUUGCCGUCUCUGAAGACCCCCCUCCUGCAGACCCCAGAGAUCAGUCCCCGUUGUGGCUGAGGCAUCGUGACGAGGAGGAGAAGCCUUCACCACCAUCUGAGAUGCCACUUUUACCAGCAGAACAACUCGCCCUAAAUCCAGAGGAGCUGUUGCCCACGCUGACCUCUCCCCUCCAUUUUGUCAACACGCACUUCAAUGGAAAGGGUCAGCCCCCCAAUCAGGAAGGUGAGAGCCGCACCCUGAGCCAGGAAGCGGGCGGCAGCAGCAGUGCCAUCACUGCAGCAGUUCAGAGCCCUUCAGCCCCUUUAUCCAACCUGGACCUUUCACCUCCUGAAACUGUGGAGCCCCCCGGGGCCGAUGGGGAGGACUUUGAGCUCGUGGAACAGGGCGAGCUGGAUCUGAUGCGGAAGGAGCUGGAGGAAGCUGAGAAGCUGUAUACCUCUUCUACGUCCCAUCAGCAGAGCCCAGAUUCCUAAUGCUGCCCCACAGGAGCGAGAGUUGGUGUCUACUUCGGGCCCACAACUGAUUUAAGGUUGCACGCGGCAUUGUCCUCGCCACCCCGUGCAGCACGGAAUCGGCGUACCGCAUGGGCGUUGGCAUAAAGCACAGAUGAUCGACAACCUUCUCGAUGGGUAGAAUACGUUUAUCCAUUCAAUCACCUCCCCACCCCCUCCCGGCCUUUUAAUUUAACCCCUUAAAUCGGCUUUUAGUGUUAUUACAUUAAUUACAUUUUAUUUAAUAGGUUUUGCUAACCCCCUGCGCCCCCCCACAAUAAUCCAAACUGCAGUCCGACUGAGUUUUUGUAAGAGUGUUACAUUGGGUUUGUAGAUUUUUUUUUUAUUUUUUAUUUUUAUUCUGGUAAUUUGUUCUUGUUCUUUUUGUAGCCAGAAAAAAAAUAAUGAAAGCCACUGUGUUUCAUCUGCACCUACUGCAUUGUUUAGGGAGAGGUAAAUGCACAGCGAUUUAUGGCUUACAAAUACUUUUUAAAUGGGGGGCACUGUCACCAAAAAAAUUAAAACUUUUGAUAAGUCAAAUCGACUUAUGAAAAGUUUUGAUCGGGCAGCGUCUGGGUGUUACCUUCUGUCUUCUCUUGUACUAGCGAUAGUAUGAUAAAAAAAAUGUUUUUUACAUGUCUCUUGGCGAAGUGUUGCUGCCUCCAGCUGUUGCAAAACUACACUUCCCAGUUGUAGUUGCAACAUUGCAAAUGGUUUCCCAUAAUAUAUAUAUAUAUAUAUAUAUAUAUAUAUAU